AUCAGUCGCCGUCCUCCUUUCCUCCUCCCAGUCUGAGUUCCCACUCCCAUGAAGAGUGAGCUAUGGGAAAUGAUACAUGCUUUCUCCCUCUAGAAUGGUGCUGUUUCCUGUCCUGUGAUUGUCUGCAAGCCUUAGUCCUUGAACUCUCUAAACAGUGUUCUACCCUUCCUGGCCUUCAACAGUAUAGAAGACCAGCACUCAAAUACCUGAGGCAAUGGAAGAAAGCUGAAAAUGUAAAAAGUCUUCAAGGAAGGGAUGGCUGGAAUGGCCUUAGUCAUGAGGCUUUUAGAAUUGUUUCAAGGCGGGACUAUGCAUCAGAAGCAAUCAAGGGAGCAGUUGUUGGUAUUGAUUUGGGCACUACCAACUCUUGUGUGGCAGUUAUGGAAGGUAAACAAGCAAAGGUGCUAGAGAAUGCUGAAGGUGCCAGAACCACCCCUUCAGUCGUGGCCUUUACAGCAGAUGGUGAGCGACUUGUUGGCAUGCCAGCCAAGCGACAGGCUGUCACCAACCCAAACAACACAUUCUAUGCCACCAAGCGUCUCAUUGGCCGGCGAUAUGAUGACCCUGAAGUACAGAAAGACAUUAAAAAUGUGCCAUUUAAAAUUGUCCGUGCCUCCAAUGGAGAUGCCUGGGUCGAAGCUCAUGGAAAACUCUAUUCUCCAAGUCAGAUUGGAGCAUUUGUGUUGAUGAAAAUGAAAGAGACUGCAGAAAAUUACUUGGGGCAUACAGCAAAAAAUGCUGUGAUCACAGUUCCAGCUUAUUUCAAUGACUCCCAGAGACAGGCCACUAAAGAUGCUGGCCAGAUAUCUGGACUAAACGUGCUUCGGGUAAUUAAUGAACCUACAGCUGCUGCUCUGGCUUAUGGUCUAGACAAAUCAGAAGAUAAAAUAAUUGCUGUAUAUGAUUUAGGUGGUGGAACUUUUGAUAUUUCUAUCCUGGAAAUUCAGAAAGGAGUGUUUGAGGUGAAGUCUACCAAUGGAGACACGUUCUUAGGUGGUGAAGACUUUGACCAGGCCUUGCUGCGACACAUUGUGAGGGAGUUCAAGAGAGAGACGGGGGUUGAUUUGACCAAAGACAACAUGGCACUUCAGAGGGUUCGGGAAGCUGCUGAGAAGGCUAAGUGUGAACUCUCCUCAUCUGUGCAGACCGACAUCAAUUUGCCAUAUCUUACGAUGGAUGCUUCUGGACCCAAGCAUUUGAAUAUGAAGCUGACCCGGGCUCAAUUUGAAGGGAUUGUUACGGAUCUAAUCAAGAGGACAAUUGCCCCAUGUCAAAAAGCCAUGCAAGAUGCAGAAGUCAGCAAGAGUGACAUAGGAGAAGUGAUUCUUGUUGGUGGCAUGACUAGGAUGCCCAAGGUUCAGCAGACUGUACAAGAUCUCUUUGGCCGAGCCCCAAGCAAAGCAGUCAAUCCUGAUGAGGCUGUGGCCAUUGGAGCUGCCAUUCAGGGAGGUGUGUUAGCUGGUGAUGUCACAGAUGUGCUGCUCCUGGAUGUCACUCCCCUGUCUCUGGGUAUUGAGACUCUGGGAGGUGUUUUUACCAAACUUAUCAACAGAAACACCACUAUUCCAACCAAGAAAAGCCAGGUGUUUUCUACAGCUGCUGAUGGUCAGACUCAAGUGGAGAUUAAAGUGUGUCAGGGUGAGAGAGAGAUGGCUGGAGACAACAAACUUCUUGGACAGUUUACUUUGAUUGGAAUUCCCCCAGCCCCUCGUGGAGUCCCUCAGAUUGAAGUUACAUUUGACAUUGAUGCCAAUGGGAUUGUACAUGUUUCAGCCAAAGAUAAGGGCACAGGACGUGAGCAGCAGAUUGUGAUCCAGUCUUCUGGUGGGUUAAGCAAAGAUGAUAUUGAAAAUAUGGUUAAAAAUGCAGAAAAGUAUGCUGAGGAAGACCGACGAAAGAAGGAACGAGUUGAAGCAGUUAAUAUGGCUGAAGGAAUCAUUCAUGACACAGAAACAAAAAUGGAAGAAUUCAAGGACCAGUUGCCUGCUGAUGAAUGCAACAAGCUAAAAGAAGAGAUUUCCAAAAUGAGGGAACUUCUGGCUCGAAAAGACAGUGAAACGGGAGAAAACAUAAGGCAGGCAGCAUCUUCCCUUCAGCAAGCAUCACUGAAGCUCUUCGAAAUGGCAUACAAAAAGAUGGCAUCUGAGCGAGAAGGCUCUGGAAGUUCUGGCACUGGGGAACAAAAGGAAGAUCAAAAGGAGGAGAAACAGUAAUACCAAUAAACUUUGGAGUCAAAUUAUGACGCUUGGGAGUGAAGAAACUUCCUGAGCAGAAAUGGGCAAAUUUCAGUCUUUUACUGUGUUUUUGCAGUAUUCUAUAUAUAAUUUCCUUAAUAUGUAAAUUCAGCAACCAUUAGCUAAUGAUCAUUUAAUGAGAAUUCCAACCAUACAAAGUUCACAGUACUCUGUCCCUAGUUAAUUUUCAACUGCAUGUAAAGGGAGGGGAAGAUGAUUUAUUGAUCAUUAUAAAAACACUGUUUUGUGCUUUAGUAGCCAUAUUUUCAAGAGGUGAAACCAUCUCAAUAAAGAAGGUACUUACCCAUAAACCUGGAAUGCCCUCUCAGACCAUAUGGGGAUGAGAUCCUUCGAGUCAGUUGAAACUGCUAAACCAGCCUAUGUGUAUGAGGGAUUCUUCAACUGAGGCCUUGCAAGGCAAGCCAGCUGUGCCAUGUUGGGAGGUAGGGCAGGAGAAGGUAGAUCAAUGGGAAAAUAGAUGUUAAGUGCAGCUUUAAAAAAGGUAGUAGUAGGGCUCCCUAACUUUCCUAAGGCAUACUUUUCUAGCUACCUUCUGGCCUGUGUCUGGCACCUGUAUCCUUGAUUGCUUUUUUGAUCCAGUAUGGAUUUUUAAAAAUAAAUGAAAAGCAUCUUGAUCUCUUAUUUAUAAGAAGUGAGGUUCUGAGAUUUAGCUUCAGGAAAAGGACAUGAAUCGUAUUUCCCAAUUCCCUGACCUAAAGCCAUUCAACAAUCUUUUUGUCUAGCAUCGAAACUAGGGCUACUAUUUUCAGGUUGCAAGAAGCAUGUCCAAUAGUAAGCCCUAGGAUUUCAGUGGUUUGAUAACAUCAGGAACUGAUUAGUGCUAAGAUUCAUUUCCUAACCAGUGGUCUUCCAGCAGACUCCCCCCUCCUUUCAUGGAUUACUGCCCUCUACCAUGCCCAAAGGAAUGUCAGUUAAGAACAUGGGCUUAGACCUCAUCAGGUGUAAUACCUCCUUUUAUUUUGUGAUUAUCUAGAAGUGAAAUUCGUGUAUACUUAAGUCAAUAUGAUGUUCUAAUGUAGAUUGUUUAUACAACCACUACAUUCCUGGAAAAUUAAGUGUUCUUAACACCCAUGUAAACACUUCUGGGGAUUCAUUUGAAAAAUAAAUUCUAGGCUCAAGUUUUCAGCUACACGAAUACUUGGGAACCUUAUGGGAUUAUAUUCUUUGUGAAGGAUUGUUUUAUGGCAUAUUGGAAGAUACUUAGCACCUUUGUCAGCCCUUGCCCACUGAAUGCUUCUGGAGUCUCCUAAUCAUUGUGAUACUAAGCCCCUCAAGGACUUCUAAAGCACCCCUUAAGAACUAGUGGCUUUUUAUUAAAGAUUUAUCCUUGGCAUCAGGUUAAAGCAGUGCUUGAAAAGACACUGCCUCAGCUACCCCUUGUAUAUUGAACACCUAGAGCAGUAUUUCAAUUCCUACCAGUAAAACUGAUGGUGCAAACCUUCAAAGACAAAAGGUUUUUUAUUUUGCAAAUAGUCUCCUUUUUGUGGUGACAACUGCUUGAUAGGUUCCAAAAGAAACUUGUGGUUUCCCUUCCUAAGGGAUCUUACCAAUUAUCCUAAAUGUGCUUCUUAAUUAUCCUAAUGUGCUUCUUGCCUAAUCUAAAAAAGUCAAAUUUUAAUGACCAUCAAAGUACAUCCAGAACCACCUUAUCCACUUCUACCACUUAGUAUAAUUUACUAGUUGGAUUCUUCUAAGUAGUUUUCCCAACUUAAAAUCUCAUCUUUGCCAUUUUGGUGAUUUCCUGGAGUAGUCAGCAAUCAAAAAUCACAUGUGGCAUUCGUCAGGGGUUACAUUUCAUUUUAGCUAGGAAUAGUUACUUUGCCAUAUCUUUUUAGGACACUGCCAUUUUUGAAGAGUAUUGGCCAUUUCAUUUACAGAAUAGCCUUUGUUUGGAUUCACCUGAUGAUUUCCUUGAGUCCUGUACAUAUUACUGGUAGAAAGAAAGGCCACACAUGUAUUAGGUCUAUUAAUGCAUCAAUUACCAGGGAGACUAAGAUGCUGUGCUCCACACUUCAUUAUGAAGACACUUUCAAUAAGUAAUUUAUGGAUGUGGCUUAAUUUUAGAUAUAACCUAGAGAUUACAUAGCAAGAAAGAUAAAAGCAAAUUCUUCUAGAUGGUAUAUGAGAAGAUUAGAAGUGAAGAGACAGCCUAGACCUUGGAAAUACGCUGAUUCAGGCAAGGGCACUUCACUGUUUCACAGACACUUCAACUGACUCCAUAUAAGGGCUGUAUUUCUUUUUUGUCCUCUAGUUAUCAGGAUGGUAAAAUGGGUGAAAACUUCAGAUAGAAGAAACUAUAGGGUGACCUACAUUUGCUGUACAUCUGUGUACAGCAUGAAGGUAAUUUAGCAAUCCCAGAAAGAACCACUGAAAGCCAUUUCAGUUGAUCAGCAACAGUUGAGUAUCAGCAAUUUGAAAUGGUUAAACCUAAUACAAAGCACAAUCACCAACCCAUUUCUGCUGCAGCAGGUCAGGAAACCGAAAUCUUGACCCUAAAAAGGACAUUGCAGUUGAACCAACAUUCAAUAAUUCUGAACUUCAACUCAGAUCAGGAAACAAGCAAAUAAGAUGCUCUGCCCAAGGGCAUCUGGUUGGCUCAGUGGUGAAGCAUGGGACUCUCAAUCUCAGGGUCUUGAAUUCAAGCCCCACGCUGCAUGUGGAGCCUACUUUAAAAAAUUUUAAAGUUCCAUCUAAAUCACAGGCUCUUAGGUUCUUAGAGCACCUGUCCCAGAGGGUGGAAAUUUGGAACAACAGGGGAGUGGGGAGUCCACAUGAGCAAUUUCAGGUGGUCCAUAAAACAUAAAAUGCAAGACUAUUAAUUUUUCUGGAAAAAAGAGUCCAUUUAUUUACUGAUUUUUUUGAAGGAAUCUGACCAAAAGAGGAUUAAGAAACAUAGCUUUCCUAAAUGGCAACUGCCUCUACCUUCCUGGUGUAGCUUAAAUUCAAGUCCUACCCUCCUAGUCCCUGUCUACCUUGCUAUUUGCCAGUGCAUAUUAUGCCUUUUUAUUUCUCAAACAUCCUUGAUUUACUCUCUCCAUGAAGCCUUUCCCACUGAUGGUUUCACUUAGAAUUUUACUCUAACAUUUCAAUGUUUUCUAAAAGGAUUAUUUUGCGGUAUAUAACAAUAUCAU